AUGGUUAGGUCUUUCCCAAGUGAUGGCUGGAGUGCCCUGCCUACCCGUUUUGGGUUCUGGCCAGAGAAUCCAACCACCGCCGGAGUGGUCAGCAGUCGUGUUUUCUCAGCCAGACUUCCGGAGGUUUGCCGACAGGUUCACGAUAAGCAGCCGUUCGGAAUGUUCAAAGGCGAAAAUGGCAUGAACUACACAUUUUCAACCUUUUUGAUCGAAGCAAUACUCAUCAUUUUCUUCAUCAAAAUUGUUUACGUCCUCCUUCGACCUCUUCGCCAACCUCGUAUAGUCUGCGAGAUCAUUGGUGGGAUGAUGAUAGGACCGUCCAUGUUAGGAAGAAACCGAAACUUCAAUUACUAUCUGUUUCCACCGAUUGCGAAUUACAUAUGCGCAAACAUAGGACUGAUGGGAUUCUUUUACUUCUUCUUCCUCACGGCUGCCAAAACAGACGUUGCAGAAAUCUUUAAAGCACCAAGAAAGCAUAAGUACAUUGCUGCAGUUAGCGUUUUGGUGCCGAUUGCUUGCGUGGGGAGCACGGGAGCUGCCCUAAAACACAAAAUGGAUAUAAGAUUGCAGAAACCUUCGUCCAUUGGAGGGGUCACGUUCGCCUUGGGUUUCACUUCUUUUCCGGUCAUUUACACUGUUUUGAGAGACAUGAACCUUCUCAACUCUGAGAUAGGAAAGUUCGCCAUGUCAGUGACUCUCCUUGGAGACAUGGUUGGGGUCUACGUGCUUGUUUUGUUUGAAGCCAUGGCGCAGGCUGACGGAGGAGGAGGAGCAUACUCUGUCAUAUGGUUUCUCAUAUCGGCGGCUAUCAUGGCCGCUUGUUUGCUUUUGGUUGUGAAACGAUCCUUUGAAUGGAUUGUCGCCAAAACGCCUGAGGGAGGACUCGUGAACCAAAACUACAUCGUCAAUAUUCUCAUGGGUGUCCUUGUCUCUUGUUUCCUCACUGACAUGUUCGGUAUGGCUAUAGCUGUUGGACCCAUUUGGCUGGGGUUGGUGGUCCCUCAUGGACCACCGUUAGGUUCGACGUUGGCUAUUAGGAGCGAGACCUUUGUUAAUGAAUUCUUGAUGCCUUUCUCUUUUGCUUUGGUGGGACAAAAAACCAAUGUCAACUUAAUUAGCAAAGAGACGUGGCCCAAACAGAUCUCUCCUCUUAUCUACAUGAGCAUCGUUGGCUUCGUCACCAAGUUUGUCUCUUCCACUGGCGCUGCUCUCUUCUUUAAAGUCCCCACUAGGGACAGUCUCACGCUUGGCCUGAUGAUGAACUUGAGAGGCCAGAUCGAUAUCUUACUCUACUUGCAUUGGAUCGACAAACAAAUGGUAGGCUUACCCGGUUAUUCUGUCAUGGUUUUGUAUGCGAUCGUGGUCACGGGUGUAACAGCGCCGCUAAUCAGCUUCCUCUACGAUCCCACUCGGCCUUAUAGAAGCAGCAAGCGCCGCACAAUCCAACACACUCCUCAGAACACCGAGACGGGACUAGUUCUUGCAGUAACCGACCAUGAUACCUUCUCAGGCUUGAUCACGUUUCUAGACUUCGCUUAUCCCACUAAAACUAGUCCUUUCUCUGUAUUCGCAAUUCAGCUAGUGGAACUGGAAGGGCGUGCCCAACCCUUGUUUAUUGCACACGACAAGAAAAGGGAGGAAGAAUACGAGGAAGAGGAAGAGCCUGCAGAGCGUAUGGGGAGCAGGCGAGUAGACCAAGUGCAGAGCGCAUUUAAACUGUACCAAGAGAAAAGAAGUGAGUGUGUGACGAUGCAUGCCUACACUGCACAUGCUUCAAAGCAUAACAUGUAUCAAAAUAUUUGCGAGCUGGCUUUGACCAAGAAAACCGCUUUCAUUCUCUUACCUUAUCAGAAAGAGCGUCUUCAAGACGCAGCUCUUACCGAGCUACGUGACUCCGGCAUGCUAUCUGUGAACGCAGACGUCUUGGCACACACACCAUGUUCUGUCUGUAUCUAUUACGAGAAGGGACGACUUAAGAACGCUAUGGUUAGGUCAUCCAUGGACCCACAACACACAACAAAUUCUAGCCAUAUGAGGCAAGAAAUGUACCGUUUCGUGGUUCUGUUUUUAGGAGGAGCUGAUAACAGAGAAGCUCUGCAUCUGGCUGAUAGGAUGACGGAGAAUCCGUUCAUAAACUUGACAGUGAUUAGGUUCUUGGCGCACAACCACGAAGGAGAGGACGAGAGGGAGAAGAAGCUGGACGAUGGGGUGGUGACGUGGUUCUGGGUCAAGAACGAAAGCAACGCUAGGGUUAGCUACAAGGAGGUUGUUGUGAAGAACGGUGCUGAGACGUUGGCUGCGAUUCAAGCAAUGAAUGUCAAUGACUAUGAUUUGUGGAUAACCGGGAGGAGAGAAGGGAUCAAUCCAAAGAUUCUGGAAGGACUUUCUACGUGGAGCGAAGACCACCAGCUUGGAGUCAUUGGAGACACCGUGGCUGGGAGCGUUUUCGCCUCGGAGGGUUCGGUGUUGGUGGUGCAGCAACAAGUGAGAAACCAGAUGGGUGGUGAUGGUUUCUUGAACGGCAAGUUUGAUUACAAGAAAUUAGUGUCUCCUUGGUCUCACUCUCAUAAUUGAUUUAAUUAGUACAAUUUCUUGAUUGAUUAGGUUUCUUAAUUUUAUUAUAUCCGAGUUGUAGAAUCUGUAUUAUUGGGGAUUGUUUUGCUUUUUAUUUGUAUCCCAAUAGAUAGAUGAGUUAAUAAAAUUCCAG